AUGAACGUCGAACGUGCAUGUUGGGCAAAAAGUUCUGUAAUCUCUCACGUACUGCUCAAUAGUAUAUAUUUUUUUUCACCAGUCAUCAUUGCCACUAAAAAGAGAAAGAUAGAUGCAGAAUGUCGUUUUUUCAAUAAUGAAUGGGGAGAGAAAUAUUUCUUUAUAAAAUCAAAUGAUCAAAAUGCUAUAUGUCUAAUAUGUAAUGACAUUGUUGCCGUGAAAAAGGAAUAUAAUGUUCGUCGUCACUAUGAAACUAAACAUCUUUCAAUAUAUUCUAAAUAUACUGGCAAGAUGCGCAGUGAUAAAUAUGAGUCCACGAGACGUAGUUUAGAAUCUCUGAGGAAACUAUUCACGAAGAAGUUUGCGGAAAAUCACGCGAGUCACAAAAUAGUGACAAAGUUGGUAGAGCGGGAAAAACCAUUUACUGAUGGGGCCUUCAUUAAAGACUGCAUAUUGGAAGCAGUAAAUUAUUUGUGUCCUGAGAAAGUCAAUCUCUUCACAGGUAGAGGCUUAUCACCGUCUUCAGUUGUUAGGAAAGUAGAAGAACUCGGAGCAAAUGUAAAGCAACAGAUCCAUGACAAAGUAAAGAACUUUUUGUGGUAUUCAUUGGCACUGGACGAGUCGACAGAUGUCUCAAGUACAUCGCAGCUGCUAAUCUUCAUCCGCGGUGUUGAUACCAAGCUCAAUAUUACAGAAGAGUUGGUAUCCGUUUGUAGCAUGCAUGGCACAGCGAUUGGAGAAGACAUUUUCAAGGAGGUGCAGAAAACUUUACAAGACUAUAAUCUUCAGUGA